GGCGCCCUCGGGCCCGCCGCCCGCCCCUGCCGGAGAAGGGCCUCCCGGAGGCGGACGCUCCGCUCAGCGAGUCUUCACGGCGACCUCGCAGGGAACGUUUUAAAGCAGAAACAGGAACUGCUUUUGCUGAAAACUGGGCCCACAGUUGGAACACCCCAGAGGCCGUGUGCUGGUAGCCAGGACCCUGCCUUGCCUGUGCGUCGGAGCUGCCUCCCGCCUGCCCUGGCUCGGGGCCCGGGGUCCAUGUGGUCCCACUCAGGGGUAAAGACGUCUUGGACGUGGCCUCGGCAUGUCGGCCGCGCCGGCCCCCAGCCCCGAGGAGAAGCCCCGCGGGACGCUGCCACUGGGCUGGGCCUCACUCUGCAGCCACCAUGGCGAGAAGGCAGCCGUGGCGCGGGCUGCGGGCCCGCCCGAGGAGCGCGUGCUGGCCGUCACCAUCACCGAGACCACGGUCAUCGAGUCGGACCUGGGCGCGUGGAGCUCCCGGGCACUGCUCUACCUCACCCUGUGGUUCUUCUUCAGCUUCUGCACCCUCUUCCUCAACAAGUACAUCCUGUCCCUGCUGGAGGGGGAGCCCAGCAUGCUGGGUGCGGUGCAGAUGCUGUCCACCACGCUCAUCGGCUGCGUCAAGAUCUUCGUCCCCUGCUGUCUGUACCAGCACAAGCUGCGGCUCUCCUACCCGCCCAACUUCGUCACCACCAUGCUGUUUGUGGGGCUCAUGAGGUUCGCCACUGUGGUUCUGGGCCUGGUCAGCCUGAAAAACGUGGCAGUGUCGUUUGCUGAGACCGUGAAGAGCUCGGCCCCCAUCUUCACGGUGAUCAUGUCCCGGAUGAUCCUGGGGGAGUACACCGGCUUGCUGGUGCACCUGUCCCUGCUGCCGGUCAUGGGCGGGCUCGCGCUCUGCACCGCCACCGAGGCGAGCUUCAACGUGUUGGGCUUCUCCGCGGCCUUGUCCACCAACAUCAUGGACUGUUUACAGAACGUCUUCUCUAAAAAGCUGCUCAGUGGGGACAAGUACCGGUUCUCGGCCGUGGAGCUGCAGUUCUACACCAGCGCCUCGGCCGUGGCCAUGCUCGUCCCCGCCUGGAUCUUUUUCAUGGACUUGCCCGUCAUCGGCAGGAGUGGGCGGAGCUUCCACUACACGCAGGACAUGGUGCUGCUGCUGCUGGCGGACGGCGUGCUGUUCCACCUGCAGAGCGUCACGGCCUAUGCCCUCAUGGGGAAGAUCUCCCCGGUGACCUUCAGCGUGGCCAGCACCGUGAAGCACGCCUUGUCCAUCUGGCUCAGCGUCAUAGUCUUUGGCAACAGAGUCACUAGCCUGUCGGCCAUCGGCACCGUCCUGGUCACCGUCGGCGUCCUGCUCUACAACAAGGCCAAGCAGCACCAGCGCGAGGCCAUUCAGAGCCUAGCCGCUGCCGGCAGCCAGACACCGGAGGGCGACCUGGAGCCCCUGGUGCCCAAAGACCCCAGACCGCACCACUGAGCCUGAGCAGCCCCGGGGACCCCUGCUCCCCUCCUGGGUUUCCCUCAAAACCAGAGGAAACCCAAGUCAGGGGUCCCACAUAUCCGCUUCCGGGGGCUGUGGGGCACUGGCCUGGGGAGGUCGACCCCUACCUUGACAACCCCCCUCACCACCCAGGCCUGUCAGUCCCGAAUCCACUGGGGAACCACCACUAGGGGCGACUGAAGGGGAGCAGGGUCGGAUUGCUGCGCAGCAGGAGCCACUCCCCAAGAGCCAUCAAGGCCCGCAGGCACAUCCCACCCCCAUCAGGGUCCACGCGCAUGUCCUCGCGCCCCUACACCCCAGAGCUGCCAGCGCCGGCCCACCUGGGGAGGCUCCUGCCGGGCUCCAGCGAGACCCUCUGCUCUUCCUGACUUAGAGCCUCAGACACCGGAGUGUGUCCUGGGUGUGGGGGUGCCCGACCGCCCCUGUGGCUUGUGUGAAAGCCUCUUCCCCCGCCUGCCUUCCCUCAGAGGGUCAUGAGUGGCCGUAGGAAGAGCGUUCAGCCUCUUGGCUGUGUCUAGAGUGAUGAUGAGUUUCACAAAGGAAACUGGCAGCAACGGCUCUGGGAUGUCAGCCCAGCAGGCCUCCCUCGCAGCCUCCAGCCCACUGGGCUGGCACUCCCUGCCAGACCCGCCCCCCGGGGUGGACGGCUGUCCCGUCAGGUCAAGGCCUCCAUCCUCCUCGCGCUAGUCCUCAGCUCACACCUUGACAGGGUUUCGAGGACUAGUCCACCAAGGCUGGGCUGGUCUCUGGGGCCAGGAUGCACCCUGGCUGGCUGACGCCCUUCUGUGGGACCAAGUGGACUAUUGGAAAACUGCUUGACCCAGCCAGCCCGAGGUAGCCCUCCUGGUGUGCACCAUCCUUUAUUUUGCUGGGUUCUUGGUUUGUCAACUGGACAAUGGAAGAGUGGCCCCCUGCAGGCCCUGGCCUGUGAGGAGCAGAGCUGAGGUCACACCCAGCAAAUUCUACCUGAAAAGUUUGCCAAGAGGCUGAGCCACCUGAGGCCUUGAAGCUACCAGCGGGCCUUCGGGGCCUCCCUCAUGCAGAGGACAUGGCCUGCUCCUGUCCCAGCCUCUUUCCUGCCCUGCCAGAGACAAGCCUGGAAGGGGUCACAGCGGGUGGUGGAUGUCAGGUGGCCUAUGAGGACCAGAGCCACUCAGGCUUCGCAGCUGCACUGGACGGAAAUGGCAGUGAGGCCUCGGGUGGACAUAGGACACUGCUCCCAGAGCCCCACAGUCGCAGGCAGCUUCCAGACAGUUCAUUUUCUAAAAUUUUGGACCAGAAACUAUGAUUUUCUUCAGUUAUUUCUAAAUGAGUCAAUUUCUGGCUAAAGUGGUUUGGAGACUUCUGGGUCGGGGGUGAGGAGGCCCCUGAGUUCUACCCCAGCCCCCCUGCCGAGCUGGCAUUGCGCGUGCCACACCAUGCCCAUCCCAGCUCAUCUGCUUGCAAGCACUUCCUGGAGAGCCCUGCACUGAGUGGACAUGAGUCCGGGCGUGGUCAGUGGUGUAGGCAGGACACGGCUGGCUGACCUGUGGCUGGGAGGCUGGGCCUUCCCGACACACCUGCAGCAGCUCUCGCUCUCCGCCUCCACCCCACGGGCACCUCGGCUUUCAAGGACAACGCCAAGGUGCAGGCCUGAAGCGCAGCGGUUCUGGGGCCCCGGUGCCCUGUGAAUCCGCCAUGAGCGGGCGGCGCUGCGGACCUUUGCACAGCUCGAGGCGCCAGAGCAGGAGACGCGGCACAGGAGAGCGAACGCCGCUCGAGGACCGCAG